CAUUCCGGUCGAGACCACAGAGCAGACAACAGAAAGGAGAGCCAUACAACUGGUAGAUGCAGCACUGGGAAGGAAGUAAAGAGAACAGCAAAACUUGGAAAUAACGGGCAAGACAAUGCCACCCAAAGAUGACCUGGAACUACAGAAACUUCGAAAAGAACUGGAUGAUCUGAUGACAAAAAUCAAGGAGGAGCAGAAUAAGGCAGCAGACAAAACACUGGAGGACAUUUGUGGAGACGUGGCAAGUGCCCCCAAAGUGCGGCUCACCACAAAGAAGCUCCUCAAGGGCCAUAUCAAUAAGGUCAACUCGAUCCACUUCAGUGGAGACAGCAGGCAUGCAGUGACGGGCUCAUUGGAUGGGAAGCUCAUAAUCUGGGACACAUGGACGGGCAACAAGGUCCAGAUCAUCCCACUCAGGUCAUCCUGGGUCAUGAGCGUGGCCUUUGCACCAUCUGGAAACUACGUUGCAUGUGGGGGAAUGGACAACAUGUGUACAGUCUAUGACCUCAAUAAUCGUGACUCAACAGGUGCAGCCAAAAUUGUACGAGAGCUCCUCGGAUAUGAGGGCUUUCUGUCUUCCUGUCGCUUUCUGGAUGACAAAACAAUUAUUACUGGGUCAGGAGACAUGAAGAUCUGCUUGUGGGACUUGGAGAUGGGUAAACGGUCCUUAGAGUUUGAGGCCCACUCAGGGGAUGUGGUCUCCAUCUCUCUGUCACCCGACUCCUCGAGCUACUUAACUGGCAGCGUGGACAAAUCUUGCAGACUGUGGGACCUGCGUGAUGACAAGCCCAAACAAACAUUUUUUGGGCAUACAUCUGAUGUGAACUCUGUCUGUUUCCAUCCAUCAGGCUAUGCAUUCGCAACAGGGUCCGAGGACAAGACUGCUCGCAUGUUUGACAUACGUUCAGAUCAGAACAUAGCAACUUACCAUCCUCCAAACAACACUUCAGGGUUCACCUCCUGUGGUCUGUCGCUCUCGGGUCGCUACAUGCUGUGUGGCAGUGAUGACUCAUCUGUCCACAUCUGGGACACACUCAAGAACCAGCACAAUGGCUGUCUGACUGGUCAUGAGAACCGCAUCACAUCGCUGUCUGUGGCCGGGAAUGGAAUGGCCGUUGCAACGUGCUCCUGGGACCAAAAUGUCCGUGUCUGGGUGUGACUGAAAGCCCAGCUGUCCACAUAACCAUCUAAACUACCUAUAGGAUGAUCACAAAGUCCAUGACUAUAACCUGAGCUAGUUCAAUCCAUUUCAAAACAUAUUCUCUAAUAUAUAUUUCAGUAUUGAAAUUAUUUAUGUUCAAGCCACAAUAACCACUUAGGCUAUUGAGAUCAGUUCCCUGUUCACUCAUCCCUGCAUGGCAACGCAGCUGGUCACUCACAACACUCUUCCCUCAACUUGUCUAUGCUGAACUGUGAGAUGCAUUCACUCCCUGACUGACUAACUGAUCCACUGUCUCACUACUUGCUCAUCUGUUCUGCACCGCAAUUAACUGAAAUGGGCCUCGUGAGAACUUGACAGCAACCCUUACAGGUUUUACUGAGCUCUCAGGUGACUCUGACCUUCAGCAUAAGCUGAGUGGCUUCCUAAAUGGUUCAGAUGUUACAAGAGAUGUGUGCAGGCCAGAUGAUGUGAUAUGCCACACACUCAGCUCCCAUGACAAUAUUAUCUGCUCAUGUACAUGGAAGAGGGGUGAAAAAUCAUGUUCAAAUGCAUAAAAUUAUUCUAUACCGUACAUAUUCUUUGAAAGAAUAUAUCCAUGUCACUUACCUGCUGAACCUAAUUUAACAUGUUGUAGCACUGGAAUAAAGACUCCUCAAAAACAAACUCCGUGAUCUUAGUCUGCAAGCGAACUAUUCCA